CAAGGUGCGCGGCUAGGGGACGCUACCUGUAGGCCUAUUGAUGAUUCCUGCUAUGAGUCAAGUUCAAAAAUCGUCAAAUUGAGAGAAUCUUACAAGAUGGCAAAGUCCUCGGAACAGUUUGAUGACCCGGACUGUGUUUGUUCCUUCGGUAUGAAGUUAACGUGGGAUAUCAACGACCCAAAACUGCCUCAGGACCCAAAGCAGUUUGACGCUUUUCAGGAGUGGACGGAUGGUUAUGUGCGUUACAUCUACAAUGGCGAGGACAAGAACGCACAGCGCCACCUGAGCGGAUGGGCUAUGCGGAACACCAACAACCACAACUGUCAGAUUCUCAAGAAGUCCUGCCUGGGCGUCGUAGUCUGCGGUCGAAACUGCACGCUGGCCGACGGAAGAAAACUCCAGCUCAGACCGGCGAUUUGCGACAAAGCACGACAAAAACAACAAAAGAAGCUGUGCCCCAGCUGUAACUCUGCCCUGGAGCUGAUGCCAUGUAGAGGACACAGUGGUUACCCCGUCACCAACUUCUGGAGAAUAGAUGGAAAAGUCAUAUUCUUCCAGGCCAAGGGAGUCCAUGACCAUGCCAGACCUGAGAGUAAGUCUGAGACGGAAGCCCGGAGAAGUGCAGUGAAGAGGAAAAUGUCCUCUCCACACUUCUCCCAGAAGAGGAGGCUGGUAGAGUCAGAUACUGGGAGAUACCAUGACCUGGGUGCUCCUUUCCCCAACCUGCAUCAGCUGUCCUGCAUGGAGGUCCCUGACCGCUUCAGCAUCAUCGCUGAGUCCAACUUCCCCUUCCAGAACCCUGAGCCCUACAAGACCCAGCAGUACCCGCCCUUCCAGAAUCCUGAGCCCUACAAGUUUGCCUACGACUCCCAUGCCACCCUGGGUGAGGCCCCCUCCACACUCCAGAAGCCGGCCAACCACCGUCUGUACAUGCCCAGGCCUCCAUGUAGCUACGACUUUGCUGUGCCUGGCUAUUUAGGCUCUGGCUCCUACACAGCCCUCUACAAGGACCCCAGUAGUCACCAGGCAGAGGCCCCUGAGCCCAGCAAGGUGAGCUUAGGCCUGGGUACCAGCACCACCACACCCCACACUACCGGCACCCUCUCGGGCCAUGACCGCAGCAGCUACGACACGCCCAGCAGCAAGCAUCACGGCUGGAAGCAGAUCCUGGGCAAGGGGACAUACGGGGAGCGUGGUGAAUAUGGGCAGCUCCCUGGCAACGCCAACCACCACUACUACAACAGUGAGUAUCCAUGCAGGGCCCUGACGGGCCCAGUGCCAGCCACGCCCGCCUCCCUGCAGACCAUUAUCACCACCACCACCAAGGUGUCCUACCAGCCCUGUCCCAAGCCAUCCGUGGUCAAAUACGGCGAUAACAUGUACGACGUUAAGGGCCUGCCCAACUGCAGCUCCUUGCUCGAGGACACCUCGCCCUCCUCCUACUCUGAUCUAAAGAUUCCAGAAGAUUCCGGGGUCAUCAAAUCGGCGCUGUCGUACCAACCGGAAACCCUGCCAGCCAAAAUCGAGAGGGCAGAGAACUUUGACACUUACCGAUACAGCAACUACGCGUCCAACAGCUAUCCCGACAGGGUUUCUCAUCCUCUUAGGUAUGACGGAGUAGGGUACUAGUAGCUCACACCAACAGAGCAGAGAAGAGGGAGAUAUGACAGAGGAGUACAUUUGAUAGUUGUGCCCUGUAUACAAAUGGUCAGAAAGAACACUUGGAACAGACUUAUUGACACCUUUUAUCAGGUUUGUGAAUAUCUAUUGUUAUUUAUAUAUUUGAGGUGUUCGAAUGCAUUUGGACUGCUAGUGAUGACAGUCAUCUAGGAUAUUCAAAACAUUUCCCAAUUUGCAUUUAAUGCAUAAGGAAUAGCCACAAAUGAGUUAUUAUGCAGGUUGACCUUUAUUGUCAUGAGUCUUGCACUGGAGGUAGAACUGAGCUGUUUCUGCUAGAUGGGCAGCUGCAAAGUCAAAAUUAGCAAUAUCUUAAACAUUCAUGAAAACAAAAAAAAUAGCUUUUUAGUCUUAAAGGGAUACUUUGGGAUUUUGGCAAUGAGGCCAUUUAUCUACUUCCCCAAAGUCAGAUUGACUCGUGGAUAGCGUUUUUAUGUCUCUGAGUCCAGUAUGAAGAAAGUUUGAGGUAGUUUUGUGAGCUAAUGCUAAAUAGUAUUAGCUCUUGACUGGAAGUCGAUGGGUAUCUGCACUCUAGGGUUAGCAGUGUGGUUAGGAUUAA